AUGACAUACAGCAUAUCCACAAAGUACAAGAUUUUAAACCAAAUUGACUUCUCUGGAGUCUACCCAGAUACUCCACUCAGCCAUGUGUGUCCUCUGGUCAGAAGUGUUCCUCGUGCUGGGGCUGCACUUCGCAGAACUAGCAAGUCUCAACAGACGGAUCAGAGAGCACCACAACAACAGGAGGAACAGCCUCCAACCCCUCUGCCUCCUGGAUCCAGUGCAGCACCUGCUGCAGCCCCACCACCUCCACUUCCUGGAUCAAGUGCAGGACCUGCUCCACCCCCACCACCUUCGCUUCCUGGAUCAAGUGCAGGACCUGCUCCAGCCCCACCACCUCCACUUCCUGGAUCAAGUGCAGGACCCCCACCAUCUCCACUUCCUGGAUCAAGUGCAGCACCUACUGCACCCGCACCACCUCCUCCGCUUCCUGGAUCAAGUGGAGCACCUGCUCCACCCCCGCCACCUCCUCUACCCCCACCACCUCCUCCUCCUCAGGUUAGUAUUAAGAAAUGUGAAACUGUUUAA